UAGCUACAUGGAUUUGGACCAACCUGAAGCUUCAGCUAAUCCUGAACUGGAAAUAGUAGCUAAGUAUCAAGACUUACAAAUAGUUGGAAAACCUGAUGAUCAGAUUAUAAAAGAUGCGUUCAAUAUGUGUAAUGAAUGGGCCUACCAAGACCAAAGAUGGAGACCAAAAUUAAUUUCAAUUUAUCAAUUUAGCUUAUACAUGGUAAAAGAAGACGAGGAAACUUUAAAAACCUUUAAAAACUACGUAAUGAGUUUUGGGUUUCCAGAAUCAUCCAAUCCUGGAAGUUGGAUAGAUUUACCAAUAUUUAGUGAAGUAUUUAAAGACUAUUGUAGUAAAUUGGGUGUAUCCGUUGAAAAAUUCGCUCAAGAAAGGAAAGAUGCAAUGAUAUCACGUAUACGAAAUGAUAAUAAGAUAAUAAAAGAUGUGUUCAACGAUUGUAGAGAAUGGUUCGGUCGCGACGGACAAUUAAUUAUUAAGAUUUCAGACUAUAAAUUUUGCUCUUACAUGGAAAACUCCGUAGACAAUUAUGAUGCCAUUAUGAAUUACUUAACGAGUUUUGAUUUUCCAGAAGAAUUCACAUCAACAGAUUGGAUAGAUUUACCAAUAUUUACUAAAGUUUUUCAAUGCUAUUGUAGUAAAUUGGGUGUAUCCGUUGAAAAAUUCGCUCAAGAAAGGAAAGAAGCAACAAUAUUAAGGAUACAAAAAGAGAUGGAAAUGAAGCGUAUAGACAUGGAAACUCGUAUGAGUAAAGAAAGAGUAAAGAAAGCAGUAAUGAAAUUAAAGAAUGGAGAAUGA